GUAUCUUCUCAGUAACUUUAACUUAAAUUGGCAACGUUCAAAGGAAAACACAGAAGAAUAAUGAGUGCCCGACUAUUUAAUGAAAUUCGGGAUUUUGGGCUCAUAAACAGGAGAUUCCUGACCGAAGACAGUUGACCCAAGGUGCAGGAUGACCGAGAGUCACCCAAAAUGGACCUGCGAAUACUGCACCUAUCACAACUGGUACAGCUCUAUCAAAUGCACCUUGUGUCACGCACCAAAGCCUGUACAACUCAUCACAUCACCGACACAGGACAGUUCCUCCACUUCCCUUGUCGAGCAGGAGGAGCAGAGCGAUAGCAGUCCUAGACGCCUUAUCCUGCCAGAAUCAGAUAGUAGUUCCCCCAAGUGGCCAUGCAAGGCGUGUACUUAUUUGAAUUGGCCGCAGGCAGCCAAAUGCGCUCUGUGCCACCAUGCAAAGGGGACUGGUCCACCUGGAGAUAACAGCAAAGGUCGUGGUCAGCCACGGCUUAAGACUGUCCGACCGACUGUGGGUCAGCAGAAUGUCAACAACGACCGCAAUCGAACCAUAUGCAAUAGUACAAAAAAGUGGGUAUGCUCUACGUGCACUUAUGAGAACUGGCCCAAAACUAAGCACUGCGCUUUAUGUAGUUGUACUCGCCAGAAGCAGAGUCCAGACCCAAGUGUUGGAGCAGGGAGCACUUUGAUUGAGGAAAACCUGAGGAAUUCCGGCGCAUCAAGCCGCUCAUCUCCCACCAGUUCUCCACCUCGAAGUCCAGGGCCAACUAUUUCUACAGUUAAAGUGCCUGUCAUUGGAGCGACCUCAACACCUGGCCAUGGUACCAUCAAUGUAGAUCAGGAGAAACAUGUCAAGCUUAUCCGGAGGAGAUUGAGGAAGUCUGACUGGCUUUUCCUGAAUGCUUGUAAUGGUGUGGUGGACGAUGACCAUCAAGCUGUAGAGACGUACCUCACAUCAGGUGGAAACCCAACCCGAACACUCACUGCUGAUGAAGUCCUCUUCCUCAACCGAUCUGGUGUUUUUGAUGUUGGUCUUACCCUUGCCCAUCUUGCUCUGCGGUUUAGGAAAGAAGAUCUACUUGCUGUUCUGCUUUCUACAGACAUUGGUGCCCAUGCUGUCAAGCGUCCACCAUCUCAAGUUUGCCCAGAACUUGCCGCUGACAUACGAAGGGAGGUUGCUAAAUCGAUUCGACAGAGAAAAGGAGACUUUCCAUGCUAUUUUGUUACAGAUAUUAUAACUUAUAUUCUACCUGGAGAAAUCAACUACCUCCCACAUACGGUGCGCAAUCAAUUAAUGGAUGAACUGCUUGAUCAAGAUGCACAGAAAGAGCUGGAGCAGGAGUCGCCCAUCAUCAACUGGAGUACGGAGGUUGCAGACUCGAUGGGGAGCCGUCUCUUCGCACUGUGGAACCGUACCGCCGGUGACUGCCUGCUCGACUCUGUCCUGCAGGCUACCUGGGGUGUCUUUGACACAGACUCGGUGCUCAGAAGGGCGUUAGGGGAUAGUCUCAAUGAAGGAGCACAUAGGUUCUACAGUCGCUGGAAGGCGUAUGAAUCCAUGCAUGUUGAGAGCAUGCACUUCAGCCUGGAUGAUGACCAGUGGUUGAAUGAUUGGUCACUCAUGCUCAGUCUUGCCGGUCAACCAGGAGCCGCUCUGGAGCAGACGCACAUCUUUGCUCUCGCCCAUGUUCUACGCAGACCAAUCAUUGUGUAUGGGGUCAAGUUUAUCAAGAGCUUCCGUGGCGAGAAUCUUGGCUUUGCACGCUUCCAAGGUGUGUACCUGCCCCUUCUAUGGGAGCCUAGCUUCUGCUGCAAGUCACCCAUCGUCCUGGCUUACACUCGGGGCCACUUCUCUGCCCUGGUCUCCCAGGAGUCAGGGUCCGAUGACAACCGUGGUGCAGGCGCCAACUUGGACAGCAGCGAUAACAGUCAGACGAUAUACCUCCCUCUUACGGACAGCGAUGGCAAACUUCUACCAAUCCACUUCAUUACUCCACUCGAGGUUGGUACUGAGGAGAGACUCUUGAACGAAUGGCUGGAUUGCUGCUACACGGCCGGCGGUACCUUUGUGGCCCAACAGGUUCAUCCCCGACAUCGGCCUGUCAUCAUUGGACAGAUGACGGAGGAGUGGCUUCAGCGCUACCGCAGGAUUGCACAGCAAAUAUGAUAGUCUUUUGAGUGGCUCCAGCGCUACCACAGGAUUGCACAGCAAAUAUGAUAGUCUUUGGAGCAUGGAAGUAGCUGUUCACUGCCUAGAAGAAUAGUUGUGGCAUUUCGCCGCAGUCUUGCUAGGAAAGUCAGCCUUGAUGAUAGAGUGUUUCGCAAGCUGCGUGCUGGAGAGGAGUUAAGGUAAUAGCAUCAGCCCUACAGGUACUAGACGUAAUUGUUAUUAGUCAUCAGGUCCGUAGACGUGGAUGAGGACAUUUAGGUGAAGCUAGGCGACGGUUCCCAUAAAAGUACCAUGUAUUCCAGAAAGAGCUAGUGAAAUAGAAGGUGUAUCUUUCCCUCUAGGUUUCCUCGUCAUAACGGUCCUAUGUAAAAAAGAUGAUGCAGUCUGUCUUGAGUUAGAAAAAUAGCAAAGCUUUGCAGUGCUGUUUUCAUGGUCUGGAUUUGGUGUUUUAUCUAGCUGGGGAUUGAAGGUACUUAGCAGGUAGGGUGGUGUUAGGAAAAGUUGUCAAGUGUAAAGAAUGUUGAGAUUUUGACAUGCUGUCAUGAAGUUAUUUUACCCUACCGCGGCCCUGAUUCAUAGAACUUACAAGUUGGAACAAAUGAUAUAAGCUGCUGAAAUCACUGCAUUUGAUUAGCUGUGAGCAAAUAUGUUAUAGAAUACUUUUACAAGUUUUAUGAGACAACCUUUUGUUGUUGAUGCGGUCGACACAUGAACGAGGGGAUAAGAAGAUGUAGUUGAUUGAAUUAUUUUGCUUUUACGAAAGAAACGCAUACUAUAUUUUCUGAAGUUAUCCUCGUGAAGAGGUACUAGUGUCAUAUUUUUCUACAAUUGACCUCACUUCUUAUGGGUGUUCUUUGUUCAAAAUGAAAUGUCCAGUUGUUGAUGACCUUGGCAGAUUGUUAAAGAAUGUCGGUCAACGGUUUAAAAGCAGUUGUCACGACUGUCAACUUUAAUACCUUGAACUGCCAAGUACAGAAGCCACAUACUUGUUUUAACUUUUAGGUGAUGUAGAAUCAUUGAAACAUGAAUGCAUGCUACUUAAUGUUUGUAACAAUGGCUAGAUUGAAGCAUAAACUUUACAUCAUAACAUCCAUGACUGUAUUGAAAAUGCUAAUAUGUAAGAUGUAAAUCCUCAUAGAUGGAUUUUAUACCUCUGAAUGGUAGCUAACCAGCUAUGGAACCGCUGUAAUCUAGACUACAAUGUUUGAUUUCCUAAUGAUGCGGUAUUAUGAUGCGGUAACCAAUGAAGAGAUACACUUGUACUUUCUAUGUUUGUUAGAAAUUUGAAUAGGUGUUGUGUGUUCAACCUCUACCAAGUUAUGUAAGUUUUGCUGGAUUACUUCAUUACUCGUAGUCAUUGAUCCUAUUUAUACAAAGAUUAUUUAUAUACAGGAGAACAUAUUUUGAUAUUCAACAGAGUUUCUCUGAAAUUAUGUGAAGUAGAGUGGUGUACAAUAUGUAGUUGUUAAAGUAGGGGAAAGAAAGUUAAUGUAGUUGAUAUUUCAACUUUCUGCUUUGAAAGGCAUCUGCAUGCUGCAUGUAAAGAGCAUUCAUGGCAUCCCUGCAUGUUGUUUUAUCAAAGCUAUAAGAAAUAAGAACUAUACAGGGCAAAGAAGUCUUAACAGAUCCUACCUCCUUUUUGCAAAACAAAUUAGAGUAUCUUGUAAUCUAAAAUUUGAAAUAAUAUGUAUGGAAUCUUACAUAACCUCAAUAAUUUUGCCUUUAAGAGAAGAAGAACCAUCACCUGCAAACGACUAGUAUAAAUUAAAGAUAGUCAAGGUAUUUUCAGCUGAGAGCCAGAAGGUUGCAUCUUGAUAUCCUGCUUACUCUCAACAUGCAUUACGUAUUAAAGAAGGCUGCACUUUUAAAAGAGGGCUGUGUGCUAACACUAUAAUGUGAUGUGUGUGGGAUAGUGGACAUUCUGAUGAUCAUUAAAUUAAACAAUUUACAUAAA